GUGAUAUUUAGGGUUUGAGCCGGUUGUCUUCCGCUAGAGCCCGGCCUGAGGCCACGAUGAGCUGGGAGCUGCUGCUCUGGCUGCUGGCGCUGUGUGCGCUGUUCUUGCUUCUGGUGCAGCUGCUACGCUUUCUGCGUGCAGACGGCGACCUAUCCCUGCUGUGGGCCGAGUGGCAGGGGCGACGACCAGAAUGGGAGCUGACUGACAUGGUGGUGUGGGUGACUGGAGCAUCCAGUGGAAUUGGCGAGGAACUGGUUUACCAGUUGUCUAAACUGGGAGUUUCUCUUGUGUUGUCAGCCAGAAGGGUACAUGAGCUGGAAAGGGUGAAAAGAAAAUGCCUAGAGAAUGGCAAUUUAAAAGGAAAAGAUAUCCUCAUUUUGCCCCUUGACCUGACCGACAGAAGUUCCCAUGAGGCGGCAACUAAAGCUGUUCUCCAGGAGUUUGGUAGAAUUGACAUUCUGGUCAACAAUGGUGGGAGAUCACAGCGUUCUUUAAUUGUGGAUACAAACUUGGAUGUCUUCAAGGAGCUAAUUGAGCUUAACUACUUAGGGACAGUGUCCUUGACAAAGUGUGUUCUACCUCACAUGAUCGAGAGGAAGCAAGGAAAGAUAGUUAUUGUGAAUAGCAUUGCGGGCAUUGUAUCUGUACCUCUAUCUAGUGGAUAUUGUGCCAGCAAGUAUGCUCUUCGGGGUUUUUUUAAUUGUCUUCGAUCUGAACUUAACAAAUAUCCAGGUAUAAUCAUUUCUAACAUUUGCCCAGGACCUGUCCAGUCUAAUAUUAUAAAGAAUGCCCUAGCUGAAGAAGUCAAAAAGACUGUGGCCAAUGUUGGAGAGCAGUCACACAAGAUGGCAACUAGUCGUUGUGUACGGCUGAUGUUAAUUGCCAUGGCUAAUGAUCUGAAAGAAGUCUGGAUUGCAGAGCAACCUUUUUUGUUGGUGACAUAUUUGUGGCAAUAUAUGCCAACACUGGCAACUUGGAUAACCAACAAGUUAGGGACGAAAAGGAUCAGUAACUUUCAGAGUGGUAUGGAUGCAGAUUCCUCUUAUUUUAAAAUUUGGAAGACAAAACAUGAGUGAAAGGAGCACCUGCAAUUUUCAGGCCACUGGAGGGAGAAGUGGAAAACAUAAAUAGCAAUCUUAUGCACAAAAGAAUAACUAAAGGCUAAUAUGUGAUUUUACUUCUUGAAACAACUUUCCUUUCACCAUACAAUAAAUAAAAAAUAAGACUGUCACAAAUCUGGAAAAACAGGA